UCCCAACAAUUCUUCUGACCCGCCAAACCGAUACCACCCUCGUACCAAGCGAUUCGAUCAACUACACAUACCACUACUAUGGAUAUCGAUAUCCCAGACAACGCAUUCUCGACCGGCUCGAACUCUGCGGAACCCAUGUUCACUCCCGGAGGUAAAAGGAAGAGAUGUUUCGACCAGGAUGCUCCAGCAUCUGACCCGUUGCUGGACGAAGGGAGUGCCGCCAAGCAACUCCGGACUCUUCCACCAUCCGCUUUCAACCAGAACCCCAUCUCCCCCUUUCCCAUCUCCCGCAUGCCAUCUUCAUCUCAACUUCGAUCGCAAAAUGGGUCUCAACCUCAAACUCCUCUGAACGCAGUACCUCAGGACGUAUUCGGCUCGAACCCGAUCUUCCCUUCAAACCUAGCCUCUACCUCUAGCGCGGCCCAGAACACGAACCAAAGCGCAGCUACCUCUUCAGCGGAUUACUUUUCCCGACCUCUUCCGGCGCUGCAUGACCAGUCAGCUCCUCGUCUUACCAACCUCACCCCGGACCCCACUCUCAAUAACGAUAACAACUCGAUCUCGGGGUCCGUAUUGGGAAUCAACUCGCUCGCCGUCCAGUCGUUUUCUCAAGACCUCUGUCCGCCCAGGGUAGGGCUUAUGCAACCGAGGACUAGUUAUAGUAAUGGAACCGGGAUGGGAAUGCAGCAAGAUGUCAUGAAUGGGAUGGAUGCGGGAUCGCGGAUGCAGAUGGACGGAAUGAUGGAUCUGAAUGGCACGACGGGGACUACGACGUCCACCCCCGGACUAAUCGAAGAGAUCGAAAAGGCUAGGAAUGUCCACGGCCCUCAAUGCUCGCAAAUCCCUCGCCUGUUCCUCUCUGACCACCCCGACCCGAUCACAGGCAAGCGGAGCAUGUGGGCUCAGUGCAACAGUUGUGGGAGUAUCGAGAUGCAGACGUCGGCAGACGCUUAGGCUGGGAUCGAUAUCGACCACACUCUCUCGUUGCCGCUCGCUCAGGCUCUAUUGCGGCGGGGACGGGGCCGAGAACGCAGACAAGGAUGAAGAGAAGAAGGAGUCACGGCAGGGGCAGGAAACCCUUUCAGCAAGCAAGAAGAGGAUAUCGGGAUCGUUUUUCGUUUUGUAUCCAUACCAGUUCCAAGUUCUCCCCCUUUCCCCCGUUGCGUUUUUCCCUAUGUUUUUUUACUCCGCAUCGGACCGGCAAUCCAACGGAUACCUACGAGGGCCGUCAAUAUCGACCCGAAUCAGAACCACUACAACAUCUUCCUUCUACAUCACGGAUACGAAAUUCUAGGGCGCUCAGGCCGCCCAACAUGGCGAAUUUGGAAAGACCCUUUGUAUCGAAAGCUGAUCCUACUGGCGAUCAGCACCGCGAAUUGUGGGAACAUGUCCAUUGUCAUACAUCAUACGAUAUUAUCCUGUUUCAACGGGACCUGAAU